AUGGCUCUCUCUCAGAAGGUGGUCGAUGUGCGCGCCGAGAAGAAGAUCCGCGUGGCCAUCAACGGCUUCGGCCGCAUCGGCCGCAACUUCCUGCGCUGCUGGGAGGGCCGCAGCGACAGCCUGCUCGACGUCGUGGCCAUCAACGACUCCGGCGGCGUGAAGCAGGCGUCCCACCUGCUCAAGUACGACUCCACCCUCGGCAAGUUCAACGCCGAGGUCAAGGUCGUGGACGACUCCACCCUGCAGGUCAACGGCAAGAACAUCAAGGUGGUGUCCAGCCGCGACCCCACCCAGCUGCCCUGGAAGGAGCUGGAGAUCGACCUCGUCAUCGAGGGCACUGGCGUGUUCCUGGACACCCCCGGCGCGGGCAAGCACAUCCAGGUGCGGGUGGCGGCUGGUGGGGCUGUGCUGGUGGGACUUUUGGGGACGGCCGCCAUCUGGGCCGGCAUGACAAAGGGCCGCCACGGGCGGAUGGGGCCGGCGCCAAGAAGGUGCUGA